AUGCGUCCCGAAGUCGAGCAGGAGCUCUCGCACACGCUGCUCAUCGAGCUGCUUGCAUACCAGUUCGCCUCGCCCGUGAGGUGGAUUGAGACGCAAGAUGUCGUCCUUGGUGAAAACACCACGGAGCGCAUCGUCGAAAUCGGCCCCGCAGACACGCUCGGGGUCAUGGCCAAGCGGACGCUGGCCUCCAAAUACGAAGCACACGACGCCGCACGCUCGGUGCAACGGCAAAUUCUGUGCUACAACAAGGACGCCAAAGACAUCUACUACGACGUAGACCCCGUGGAGGAGGAGCCCGAGCCGGCAGCUGGAGGCGGCGGAGACGCCCCAUCAGCGUCCUCGAGUGCCCCCGCAGCAGCUUCAGCGCCAGUAGCAGCCCCUGCCGCGAGCGCGGGCCCAGCAGCUCAGGUGCCCGAUACCCCAGUCACAGCCGUCGACAUUCUGCGGGCGCUGGUGGCCCAGAAGCUCAAGAAGCCGCUCAUGGACAUUCCGCUGAGCAAGGCCAUCAAGGACUUGGUUGGAGGCAAAUCGACACUGCAAAAUGAAAUCCUCGGAGACCUGGGCAAGGAGUUUGGCUCAACGCCCGAGAAGCCCGAAGACACGCCUCUCGACGAGCUCGGUGCCUCGAUGCAGCAGACGUUCAACGGCCAGCUUGGCAAGCAGUCGGCCUCGCUCAUUGCGCGCAUGGUCUCGUCGAAAAUGCCCGGAGGCUUCAACAUCACAGCUGUGCGCAAGCACCUCGAGACAAGAUGGGGUCUCGCUCAGGGCCGCCAAGACGGUGUCCUGCUGCUUGCCAUCACCAACGAGCCGGCCGCGCGAUUGGGCUCUGAGGCCGACGGAAAGGCCUUCCUGGACGACCAGGCCAACAAGUACGCUGGCAUUGCGGGCAUCAGCCUGUCUGCGCCCACAGCAGCAGGCGGCGACGGAGGCGCUGGAGGCGGCAUGAUGAUGGACCCUGCAGCGCUUGACGCUCUCACAAAAGACCAGAGACAGCUGUUCAAGCAGCAACUGGAGCUAUUUGCCAGGUACCUCAAGAUGGACCUCCGCGCAGGUGACAAAGCUUUCUUGGGUGGCCAAAAGGCCCAGGAGGCUCUGCAGGCUCAAUUAGACCUCUGGACCACCGAGCACGGCGAAUUCUACGCUUCAGGCAUCGAGCCCCAGUUCACCCCCCUCAAAGCGCGUGUCUACGAUUCCUCGUGGAAUUGGGCUCGACAGGAUGCUCUCAGCAUGUACUACGACAUCAUUUUCGGCAAGCUCAAGGCGGUCGACCGCGAGAUUGUCAGCCGCUGUAUUGCCAUCAUGAACCGGUCGAACCCUCUCCUGCUUGAAUUCAUGCAGUACCACAUGGACCACUGCCCCACCGAGCGCGGCGAGACCUACGAGCUCGCCAAAGAGCUCGGCCAGCAGCUCAUCGACAACUGCAAGGAUGUGCUCAACGAGGCCCCCGUAUACAAAGAUGUCGCUGUACCAACUGCGCCACACCUUGAGAUCGAUGUCAAGGGCAACAUGAACUACGAGGAGGCGCCCCGUGCGAGCGUUCGCAAGCUUGAGCACUAUGUGCGUGAGAUGGCCGAGGGCGGCAAGCUCUCAGAGUACGGAAACCGCACCAAGGUCCAGAACGACCUUCAGCGCAUCUACAAGCUCAUCAAGCAACAACACAAGCUCUCCAAGUCUUCGCAGCUGCAGAUCAAGAGUCUAUACGCCAACGUCAUUCGGUCUCUGUCAAUGAACGAGGGCCAGAUCAUCCCGCAUGAGAAUGGCAAGGCAGGCUCUAAGCGUGGACGCAACGGCCGUCUCAAUGGCGCCCAAAAACAAGGAAAGGUUGAGACCGUCCCCUUCCUGCAUCUCAAGCGCAAGGACGACCAUGGCUGGGAGUACAGCAAGAAGCUGACUGGCGUGUACCUUGACUGUCUAGAGAACGCCGCCAAGUCUGGCGUGACCUUCCAGGGCAAGUACGCUCUCAUGACCGGUGCUGGUGCCGGCUCGAUCGGUGCUCAAGUUCUGCAGGGCUUGAUCGGUGGUGGCGCCAAGGUGGUCGUGACAACGUCCAGGUUCUCUCGCGAUGUCACAGAGUACUACCAGUCAAUGUACUCCCGGUACGGUGCCAAGGGCUCACAGCUCAUCGUUGUACCUUUCAACCAAGGUAGCAACCAGGACGUCGAGGCACUUAUCGACUACAUCUUUGAUGCUAAGAAGGGUCUCGGCUGGGACCUCGACUAUGUCAUUCCAUUCGCCGCCAUUCCUGAGAAUGGUCGUGAAAUUGACGGCAUUGAUUCCAAGUCAGAACUUGCUCACCGCAUCAUGUUGACGAACCUUCUCCGUAUGCUCGGUGCCAUCAAGAAGCAAAAGCAAGCCAACGGCUACGAGACCCGGCCAGCGCAGGUUAUGCUUCCUCUCUCGCCCAACCAUGGCACCUUUGGUAAUGACGGAUUGUACUCGGAAUCCAAGAUGUCGCUGGAGACGCUCUUCUCCAGGUGGCACUCCGAGAGCUGGGGCAACUACCUCACCAUUUGCGGAGCUGUCAUUGGCUGGACACGUGGCACAGGCCUCAUGAGCGCCAACAACAUUGUUGCUGAGGGCAUUGAGAAGUACGGUGUGCGCACCUUCUCUCAACAGGAAAUGGCCUUCAACAUCCUCGGGCUCAUGGCACCACCGAUUGUCAACCUCUGCCAGGUCGAGCCCGUCUGGGCAGACCUGAACGGUGGCUUCCAGUACAUUCCCAACCUCAAGGACCUCAUGGGCGACCUCCGCAAGGAGCUCAUGGAGACCAGUGAUGUUCGCCGGGCUGUCAUCAAGGAGAAUGCCAUCGAGAACAAGGUCGUCAAUGGCGAGGCUAGCGAGGCUUUGUACAAGAAGGCUACGAUCGAGCCCAGGGCCAACAUGAAGUUUGACUUCCCCAACCUGCCUGAUUGGGACACUGAGGUCAAGCCUCUCAAUGAGGACCUGAAGGGUAUGGUUGAUCUCGAGAAGGUCGUUGUUGUCACUGGUUUCUCUGAGGUUGGCCCUUGGGGUAACUCAAGGACGCGAUGGGAGAUGGAGGCCUAUGGCGAGUUCUCUCUGGAGGGUUGCGUUGAGAUGGCCUGGAUCAUGGGCCUCAUCAAGAACCACAACGGCAAUCUGAAGGGCAAGAGCUAUUCUGGUUGGGUCGAUGCCAAGACUGGAGAACCAGUUGACGACAAGGAGAUCAAGCCCAAGUACGAGAAGUACAUUCUUGAGCACAGCGGUAUCCGUCUCAUUGAACCAGAGCUAUUCCAUGGCUACGACCCGAAGCAGAAGCAGCUGAUGCAGGAGAUCCAGAUCGAGGAAGACCUCGACCCAUUUGAGGCUUCCAAGGAGCUUGCCGAUGAGUUCAAGCGUGAGCAUGGUGACAAGGUUGAGAUCUUUGCCAUCGAAGACUCUGGCGAGUACACUGUGCGCAUGAAGAAGGGCGCGACUCUUCUUAUUCCCAAGGCUCUGCGAUUUGACCGCCUCGUGGCUGGCCAGAUCCCCACUGGCUGGGACGCAAAGAAGUACGGUGUACCGGACGACAUCAUCGCGCAGGUUGACCCUGUUACACUCUUUGUGCUCGUUUCCACAGCAGAGUGUCUUCUUGCUAGCGGUAUCACCGACCCCUACGAGUUCUACCAAUACGUGCAUCUUUCAGAAGUUGGUAACUGUGUAGGAUCUGGUAUCGGUGGUACCACCGCUCUCCGAGGCAUGUACAAAGACCGCUUCCUUGACAAGCCUGUCCAGAAGGACAUUCUCCAGGAGUCCUUCAUCAACACCAUGAGUGCCUGGGUUAACAUGUUGCUCAUGUCUUCUACCGGACCUAUCAAGACCCCAGUCGGAGCUUGUGCCACUGCUGUCGAAUCGAUCGACAUCGGAUACGACACCAUUGUUGAAGGCAAGGCCCGUGUCUGCUUCGUCGGUGGAUUCGAUGACUUCCAAGAGGAAGGCUCAUACGAGUUCGCGAACAUGAAAGCGACCAGCAACGCCGAGGAUGAGUUUGAACACGGCAGAACACCACGAGAGAUGUCCCGUCCUACCACAACUACCAGGAACGGCUUCAUGGAGUCCCAAGGUGCAGGUAUGCAAGUCAUCAUGGAUGCCAAGUUGGCGUUGGACAUGGGUGUACCCAUUUACGGCAUCAUUGGUUUCACCGCGACAGCCACGGACAAGAUCGGUCGAUCUGUGCCCGCUCCCGGAAAGGGUGUUCUGACCACAGCCCGUGAGAUGCCGUCUAAGUUCCCAUCGCCUCUGCUCGACAUCAAGUACAGGAAGAGGCAGAUGGAACUCCGACGCAAGCAGAUCAAGCAAUGGCAAGAGUCCGAGCUCAUGUACCUCCAAGAAGAGGUUGCCGCCAUCAAGGAUGCAGGCGACAACAUCAACGAGGCCGACUACCUUGAGGAGCGUGCCACACACAUUGAGCUCGAGGCUCAGCGACAAGAGAAGGAGGCUUUGAACAGCCUGGGCAAUGCUUUCUGGAAGAAGGAUCCACGCAUUGCUCCUCUCCGUGGUGCCCUCGCUACAUGGGGUCUCACCGUCGAUGAUCUUGGCGUCGCUUCGUUCCACGGUACCUCUACUGUUGCAAACGACAAGAACGAGUCCAGCGUCGUCAAUGAGCAGAUGCGACAUCUCGGACGCACCAAGGGUAACGCACUGCUUGGUAUAUUCCAGAAGUACCUUACUGGUCAUCCCAAGGGUCCCGCUGGUGCUUGGAUGUUCAACGGCUGCUUGCAGGUGCUCAACACUGGUCUCGUGCCUGGUAACCGAAAUGCCGACAACGUCGAUAAGAUCAUGGAGCAGUUCGAUUAUAUUGUCUACCCGUCGCGAGCCAUCCAAACCGACGGCAUCAAAGCGUUCUCCGUCACAUCAUUUGGUUUCGGUCAAAAGGGCACGCAAGCUAUCGGUAUCCACCCCAAGUACCUUUACGCUGCGCUCGACCACGCUCAGUUCGCGACCUACAAGCAGAAGGUCGAGGCUCGCCAAAAGAGGGCGUACCGAUACUUCCACGAUGGCCUCAUCAACAACACCAUGUUCCGCGCCAAGGACAAAGCACCAUACGAGGACAGCAAGAUGGAAGAGAUCUUCCUCAACCCUCGCGCACGUGUUGUCAUUGACAAGAAGACUGCGACCUACUCGUUCCCUAAGAAGUACGAGGCGCCAAAGAAGGACAAGAAGGCCGAGGAGACGACAAAGAUGAUCGAGUCGAUAACACAGGCCACUGCCACUGCCAACACAAAGGUCGGCGUUGAUGUCGAGAGCCUGAGCGCCCUCAACAUUGAGAACGACACUUUCCUCGAGCGCAAUUUCACAGAGAAGGAGAUUGCGUACUGUCAGAAAGCUGCCAGCCCCCAGGCCAGCUUCACCGGCAAGUGGUCUGCAAAGGAGGCCGUAUUCAAGUCGCUAGGUGUAAAGGGUCAAGGCGCAGGCGCAGCGCUUAAGGAUAUUGAAAUCGUCAAUGACGAGACGGGCGCGCCGCAAGUUCAGCUCCAUGGCCAAGCCCAAGAAGAAGCCACCCGCGUCGGCGUCAAGACGAUCAGCAUCAGCAUCAGUCACUCAGAGGAGCAGGCGGUUUCUGUAGCGAUUGCGCAAUUCUAG